CUGCACUCGUUCUCUCCCCGCCAUGUUCAACCUGUUCGGCAAGAAGAAGGCCGAGCCGACGCCGCGCGACUCGAUCAUCAAGCUUCGGGAGACACUGGACACUCUUGACAAGCGCGAGGCGCACAUUGAGUCCAAGAUCAACAAGGAGCUGGCGACGGCCAAGAAGUACUCCAAGACCAACCGGCGACAGGCGCUGGCGGCGCUCAAGCGCAAGAAGGUGUACGAGAACCAGCUCAACCAGCUGGCGGGCUCGCGGAUGACGCUGGAACAGCAGAUCAUGAGCUUGGAGAUGGCGUCAACCAACGUGCAGGUUCUUGAGGCUGCGCGGGCGGGUGCGGCAGGCCUGCGGCAGGCACACAACAACAUGACCAUCGACGACGUGGAGGACACGCUCGACGAGGUCCGUGAGCAGCAGGACAUUGCCGCCGAGAUCGGCGAGGCGCUCUCUCAGCCGCUGGGCGGCCUGGACAUGGACGAGGACGACCUAGAGGCCGAACUGGAGGCAAUGGAGCAGCAGGCGCUCGACGACGAGUUCCUGGGAGUUGAGGCGCCGUCGACCUCGCUGCCGUCCGUCGCGCUCCCUGCCACGCCCAACGUACCGACACACACCCCUGUUGCUGCCGCCGGCGAGACUGACGAGGAGCGUGAGCUCCGCGAGCUCGAGGCCUCGAUGAUGGCCUAAGUGGCUCCAGUGAGACAGUGUAGCCUCGUAAACCAACCACCAACGCCAAA